UCCACGUUUAGAGCUAGUAAUGAUGAUAUAAACAAAUGGAGUGGAUUUGAAAACGAUGCAUCAACUGCUUUCUCAUGUGGUAUGAAUCAUGGGAGCUACCAAGGACCUGCCCGUCAAACCAAGGAGACAUUUGCCUCCACACACCAAUGCAGAGUCCGGACUCAGGAUGGCCAAGUCCUGCUACUAUCAGGAAAAUAAACUGUCACCACUUCUCUUCGCCUUCAUUUUCACUAUCUUAGGCACCAACUGUAUCAUUGGAAUCAUUGCAAAUGGGUUCAUUAUGGCUGUAAAUGCAGCCGAGUGGGUUCGGAAUAAGGCAGUUUCCACAAGUGGCAGGAUCCUGUUUUUUCUGAGUACAUCCAGAAUAGCUCUCCAGAGCUUCGUGAUGCUACAACGUCUUGGCUCAGCCUUCCCAAGUAUUUAUAACCAAGAUGUGGUAUAUGAUACAUUCAAAGUCAGCUUCAUAUUCUUAAAUUAUUGCAGUCUCUGGUUUGCUGCCUGGCUCAGUUUCUCCUACUUUGUGAAGAUCGCAGACCUCUCCUACCCUCUUUUCCUCAAGCUGAAAUGGAGACUUUCCAGAUGGAUGUCCUGGAUUCUGUGGCUAUCAGUGUUCAUUUCCUUGGGGUUCAGUAUGCUCUUCAUCGAAGGCAUUUUCACUGUGUAUUGUAGCAAGUCUUUUUCUAUCCCAUCCUCCAACUCCACGGAAAAGAAGUACUUCACUAAGAUCACUGUGGUCAACAUGAUCUUUCUCUAUAACCUGGGCAUCUUCCUUCCUCUCAGCAUGUUCAUCCUGGCAGCCUCCCUGCUGAUUGCCUCCCUCAAAAGGCAUGCCAUGCCCAUGGAUAGCAAUGCCACUGGCUCCAGGGACCCCAGUAUGCAGGCCCACAUAGGGGCCAUCAAAGCCAUGGGCUACUUUCUCAUUCUCUACAACUUCAAUGCUGUUGCUCUCCUUCUCUAUAUGGCCAACAUCUUUGAUAUCAUCAGUCCCUGGAACAUUUUGUGCAGAGUCAUCAUGGCGGGCUACCCUGCUGGCCGCUCAGUUCUGCUCAUCUCGGACAACCCUGGGCUGAGAAGAGCCUGGAAUCAGCUUCAGCACCGAGUUCACCUCUACCUAAAAGGGUAG